AUGGACAAGAAGAAGGUGGCAGUGCCAUUAGUGUGCCAUGGACAUUCACGUCCUGUUGUGGAUUUGUUUUACAGUCCUAUCACUCCUGAUGGCUUCUUUCUCAUUAGUGCUAGCAAGGAUUCUAGUCCAAUGUUGAGAAAUGGGGAGACUGGUGAUUGGAUUGGAACCUUUGAAGGGCACAAAGGUGCAGUGUGGAGUUGCUGCCUGGACACUAAUGCUUUGCGUGCAGCAUCUGGCUCUGCUGAUUUUUCUGCGAAAUUGUGGGAUGCAUUGACAGGUGAUGAAUUACACUCUUUUGAGCAUAAGCAUAUUGUUCGAGCAUGCUCAUUUUCAGAGGAUACUCACCUUCUACUUACUGGUGGAUUCGAGAAAAUUCUCCGUAUAUUUGAUUUGAAUCGUCCAGAUGCACCCCCAAGAGAAGUUGACAAUUCACCAGGUUCAAUUAGAACUGUUGCGUGGCUUCACAGUGAUCAGACCAUAUUAAGUUCUUGUACUGAUAUCGGUGGUGUGAGGUUAUGGGACAUACGAAGUGGCAAAAUUGUUCAAACACUUGAAACAAAGUCACCUGUAACAAGUGCUGAAGUGAGUCAGGAUGGUCGCUAUAUAACUACUGCUGAUGGAUCUACGGUUAAAUUUUGGGAUGCAAAUCAUUUUGGACUGGUGAAAUGCUAUGACAUGCCAUGCAAUGUGGAAUCAGCUUCAUUGGAACCAAAAUUUGGUAAUAAGUUUGUUGCAGGAGGAGAAGAUAUGUGGAUCCAUGUCUAUGAUUUCCAUACAGGAGAACAGAUUGGAUGCAACAAGGGUCACCAUGGUCCUGUUCAUUGCCUACGAUUCUCCCCUGGAGGAGAAUCUUAUGCAUCAGGAUCCGAAGAUGGAACCAUCAGAAUAUGGCAACUGGGCCCUGCAAAUCAUGAUGAGAAUGAUUCUCUUCCUGGGAAUGGACCAACUGGGAAAGUGAAGGUUUCAGCUGAAGACGUUGCCCAAAAGAUCGAGGGCUUUCAUAUCAACAAAGAAGGGAAAACUACUGAGAAGGAUAAGGCAACAGAUACCUGA